GAGAAGAGUUUGAUGAUGAUUGCCUUGUUCCAGCAAUCAAAUCUAAAGGGAUUAUAGUGUGGGGAUGUUUUUCUUGGUGGGGUCUUGGUUCUCUUGUUUGUCUCUAUGGCAGUAUUACAAGUGCAUCCUAUCAUAAGAUGCUUAGUCAUUAUACUAUUUCCAAGCUUCAAGACCAAUACUCUAAUAGUAAUAAGGUUAAAGAAAAGCUUCAAAAAUUUCAUCCAAGACCUGGCAACCUUAACGAACUUGAAAGGAUAGUUAAAGAAGAAUAG